AUGGGCGAAAUGUCGGUGCUCAAGACACUCAUCAUCAACCCACGCUCGGGCGUCAAGCCCACUGCCACGCUCUUCUUCCUCCAUGGACUCGGAGACUCGAGUGCCGGCUGGUCAGAUGUCGCACAGAUGCUCUCGCAGCGCCCAUCGUUGUCGCACGUCCGAUUCGUGCUGCCCAAUGCACCCAUUCAGCCCGUGACGCUCAACAUGGGCAUGCCCAUGCCUUCUUGGUUCGAUAUUCUGUCGCUCGACGACAUCUCCGGCGCCGAGGACGAAGCGGGUAUGCUCAAGUCGACCGACGAAAUCAAAAAGCUCAUCAAGGCCGAAAACGACGGCACCGCACAGGGCCUGGACGGACACAAGAUCGCCAGCGAGCGUAUCGUCGUCGGCGGCUUCAGCCAGGGCGGCGCCAUCUCGCUGCUCACCGGUCUUACCAACCCUAACCCCGUCGCGGGCGUUGCGGCGCUCUCGACCUGGCUGCCACUGCGCGCAAAGAUCGCCACACUGCGCACGCCCACCUCCAAGUCGCUCAAGGUGUUCCAGGCACACGGAGACGCCGAUCCGGUCGUCAAGUACGAGUACGGCCAGCGCACUGUGUCGUUCCUCAAGAACGAGCUGGCGCUGAACGAGCAGGAUGUCGAGUUCCACACGUACCCACGCAUGCCCCACUCGGCGUGUCCCGAAGAGAUCCGUGACCUCGCUACCUUCUUGGAGAAGGUCAUUCCCGCUCAGUAG